AACUCAUCACGAAUUAAAUAAAUUAUUAUGUCAGGAGCACUUUCAGUCGUCCCAGCCGGUGUCUUAAGCGGUGUCGAAGCACUCAAGCUCUUCGAACACGCUAGAGAAAACAAGUACGCUAUCCCAGCGGUCAACAUCACCUCAUCAUCUGUCGCCAAUGCAGUCCUCGAAGCUGCCCGCGACAUCAAGUCCCCAAUCAUCUUGCAAGUCUCCAACGGUGGUGGUGCCUUCCUUGCUGGUAAGGGUCUCGCCAACGACAAGCAACAAGCCUCCGUUGCUGGUUCCGUUGCCCUCGCACACCACGUCCGCUCAGUUGCACCACUCUACGGUAUCCCAGUCAUCCUCCACUCCGACCACUGUGCCAAGAAGCUCCUCCCAUGGUUCGACGGCAUGCUCGAUGCCGACGAAGCCUACUACAAGAUCAACGGUGUCCCACUCUACUCAUCCCACAUGCUUGACUUGUCCGAGGAGACUGACGAGGAGAACAUCUCUACCUGUGUCAAGUACUUCCAACGUAUGGCCAAGAUGGGCCAAUGGUUAGAGAUGGAAAUCGGUAUCACCGGUGGUGAAGAAGACGGUGUUAACAACGAAAGCGCAUCUGCUGAGUCCUUGAUGACCAAGCCAGAACAAGUCUACAAGGUCCACAAGGCGCUCUCCGCCAUCUCUCCAUCAUUCAGCAUUGCUGCUGCCUUCGGUAACGUCCACGGUGUCUACAAGCCAGGUAACGUCAAGCUCACCCCAACCAUCCUCGGUGAGCACCAGAAGUACGCCCGCGAGCAAGACAACAGCAAGAACGAGAAGCCGCUCUUCUUGGUCUUCCACGGUGGUUCCGGCUCCAGCAAGGAGGAGAUCACCACCGCCGUCAAGAACGGUGUUGUCAAGAUGAACGUCGACACCGACGUCCAAUGGGCCUACCUCUCUGGCCACCGUGACUACAUUCUCAGCAAGAAGGACUACUUGAUGACCCAAGUUGGUAACCCAGAAGGAGCUGAUAAGCCAAAUAAGAAGGUGUUCGAUCCUCGAGUUUGGGUCCGUGAGGGUGAAAAGGCGAUUGUCGAGCGUGUCAAGGAAUCAUGCAGAGACUUGCUCUCAGAGAACAAGCUCUAAGCUUAGGAAUGUUGCAGAGAAAGCUUUAAGCGUAGUGUAUGUAAUGUACGAAUAUUAAUGUUUGAUACAAAAUUUGCUUCUUU